AUGCAGCAGCAAUCUAAAGACGAAGCAAAGUCGAAGCUGGCAUCAAGCAAUUCAGAAAUAAGAGCGGAGAUCCAUGCUGAUGCCUCAUCGGCUCCGCAAAUCAUCGUCGCUGCCCCUUGCCUGGAUCCGGCGCCAUCCAAGACAAACCCGGCGCUGGACGGGAACUUGUCUGGUUUUUCAGCUGACGCAGCUACACAGGGCACCUGUGUUCCUGAAUCCAUUGAAGGAAAUGGGCAACUAAGGGAAAAGAGGGCAUCUGUACACCGUGUGAAUCACGAUGCUACAUCAUCUGUGGACAAAGCCGACGUGGGACUGCUAGGUAUACACAUAGGCUUGCCGAAUUCUAGCGAUAAAUCGGCUUUCAAUGACGCAUUACAGGAUACCGGGAUGAGCAACCACAAUAUUAUGCAGAGCCCAAGGAAAUUUCAACGGAACUGCAUGUCCGUUGGAGCUAAACGCCAUCGCGUUCCAAUGUCAGAAAGUCGCGCAAAAUUAGAAAUAACUGCCGGCGAUUUCCAGUUACCCACCGGGAGACUACACCUGCGCGAUAGCUCUUCACUUAUUGGGAACGAGCCCAGGAAUGUGUCAUACUCUGCCCCAGCGGCUCCAGAGGCGAGAACCUCUGGGACGGGCACACCAACGUCACAGUCGAGUGCUGCCGCAUCAGUGCAACAUGCAAAUGCCGCACGUGAAGGCGAGCAUAGCUGGCAAGUUCACCAACGUGUUGCGGCUUCUCCAGAGUCGGCAAGCCCGCAGAUGGUGAAGAGCGUAUCUCCUGCAGGGGUCAUCAGGAUCGGGGGUCGUAACCGCCGGAAGCGUACGAAGUACGAUCUCGCAUACAAACAAAUGGAAGAGCUUGGGCCAUUCGAAGAAGAGGCUAAGUCCGUGGAUCUCUCCAAGGUUUCCGGAAAUAGUUUUGCAUUAGAGCUUCUGCGCAAUCCCCAGCAGUAUUCGCAUGACUCAUGGGCGUACGGGCAAGCAUGGCCAGUUGGUGCCGAUGGCCGCCGACUUCUGCUGCGGAAGCUUCGAGGAGUUUUCUGGUCCAACCCGGAAAAGUGGCAGCGCGUCUUACAGGAACAUAAUCUUUACAGAAGGGAUUUGUUUACGCUUGCCACAGUCCAGGAACUGUUUAGAGUCACGCACCUGAUGGGCGCGGAAGCGUGGGACUUUCUUUUGAAAUGCACAGCGCUCACACAGAAGUGCGAUGCUCUGACAAGCAAGGACCUUGACAUUGGAGAGGAUGAUGAACCAGGGAGUGUGAGCCCACGUGGAAUGAGUCAUCGUACGCAUCAACAAUCAACCGUGGAUGCAUGCAAAUCAGAAGACGACAUGCAUUCUCCCCCGGACGAGAUUUUCAGCAGCGCACUGCCUACUUCAGGAUUCGUACGCAAAAGGGUAUCGCACGGUGUGAGAGUUGAUAAGGAAGUGAAUAAACGCAGUCGCGGGAGACCGCGAAAGGCACCAGUCAAGACACAAAGAGCCUCGUCAGAACCUGAAGAUGCGUCUGAGGCCUCACCGACAAGGCAUCUACAAACUGGCCUGUCGACGCCUACCAGCGAGGCAUCCCGGUGGUUGCCAGAAGCGGAGUCUCUAAAUUUUACAGACGGAUGCCGUGCUCUGUUGCACUCUGCGAUAGGCGAGAGAUCAGAGAGCUCACCCCUUCAGCCCGACGACGAAAAUUGUCCAGAGGGAGGUGCCGAGAUGCUUGAUGAGAUUACUGGUGAGCAACGACGGUUGCUAGCUUCGUUUAUGAAGACGGCCCCGCCCAUUGUUUCCACCCAUGACAGCUUUGGUCUACCAGCCACGGGCAAGUCCGCCACUUCGUCUCCAGAGCUUCGGCUAGCUCUUGGAGGGAAGCCAAGUAAUAACAUGCUGAGACUUACUACUCACUACGCAUUCAUGGCACAAUUCAUGCAGUGCUGUAUGCUUGUGGAAGUCCAGCGGUCGCUCCUGAGGAUUGCAGAGGAAUUUAAAACCCUGUGGCCGUCUGACAAGGAUCUGCAAGAAAGUUCCUUUAAACCAGAAAGUAGCAUGGACCCCACAACACGGGCUUGUUUUGAUUCGCUAGUUCGAAGCACCAACGUUCAUAUGCAGUUCGUACAGGUAAUUGUGAAGCAGCUGCAAAGAGACUCCGGCAAUGCCCCGGUGUCUGAUGCCUCGGAGGCGCGGAAUGCACCGUUUCAUCUCAACGAAGACUUUAACACUGCCAUGCAGCAGCUGCAAAUUCAGCAUAUGCGGGAUCGUCUAAUGUUCGCCAAUAAGGAACAAGCGCCGCUCGUAGCAAACGAAGUUAUUGAAGCUCUUCGGGAUAUGGCCGACCACGUGGAACAGCGCCCCAGUGUGCCAUCCGAUAGGUCAGAGAAAGCGGAAACGGCAACAGUGGGGAACCCACAAGUGUCGCAACCAGCAGCAGACGUGAAAAGUGUCAUAACAACUGAAGGACGCCACCACCGGAGACAACUCCCGGAGAUGGAGGAGGGUACCCCAAGCCCUUAG